AUUGGUCGAUUUGUGUGCUCCGUUGUAGGCGGUUUGUUUGGAAUUUUUUUAGGCCGAAUUUCUGCCAUCGUGGAAAGCAAAUUGUUUCAAAUAUAACGUAAAACUAUCGUCCAGUACAAAACUUAGGAUACAUUUCGAUUACUGUCUGAGGAAGAAUGGAUGAAUCUACGAAACGUUUAUUGCAGCGACUCAUAAGACGGAUACCAGCUCAAAUGCUAAGAACAACGCUGGAUAAGUGGGGCCGUUUGACUGCGGCGCAACAGAAAUCCAUGGAUUUUACUCAGCCAAAAUGGGCGUUAGCGGACAAACUAUUGGACAUUUGCGAGGAAAAUGGGUUUACAGCCAAACACAUCACAGAACUCGAGAUGACAUAUGUCAUUGACAAUCCAAACCAGGGAAUGUGGUAUGCCUUUCAGCUCAUGGAACCUGAAGAUGAUGCUCACUCUGUCGAGCUGACGCAGUUCAAGGAACAAUUUAAAGCUCACCUCAGGGAGCUCAUGAGACUGGUGUCUGUCAAAAUAAAGAAGCACACAGAUGAAGCUGUAUGGAUUCGGAUCGCAUGGGGAGACAACUUCUCUCGGCCGAACCACUUGAAACCAACAUAUGUCGUUCACUAUCUUCAAACCCCUUAUGUCUUUGUGAAGAGCUUGACUUCAAAGCAAAAGCCCCUGUUGUCACAGGCCUUGGUACUGUCCACCAGACAUCAUGCUAUCAAAGAUGCAAACCUCAGUGGACGGAAACUCACUGCCAUUAGGGACCUGCUGAUGAGACAAUAUCAACAGGUGUUUCCCACUAAGUAUCCCAGCCCUCUUGCAGAAAGGAACCAAACUGUCUCAAACCCACACAUAGAAAGAGAACAAGCUGAGCCUGCAGCAAAGAGACUUCAGAUGGCCUGUGAGGCCUUCAGUGAUGGCGUGUUACCUCAACUGCAGUCCGCAGUUUAUAAGCUGGAGACAAAGUUCAGAGACCACACCAACAAGACCAUGACAGAGCGGGAGGAGCCCUUCAAAUGUGUUGUCAAAUUUUCAAGUGCUAACCUCCUGGAGUCACUCAGACACUGUGCAUCUUCAGGAAUCGCCUCCACCCCUGUCACACCUCUGCUCUCAUCUAUUACCCUAAAAGGAAGGAAUUAUUUUGUCAUCACAGACAACGGCCCAGGUCCCUCAUCUCAGAUGCGGCAACCUCAGAACUGAUGGUUGACAUACUCUUCAAUUAAAGGACUUACAGCGUGUCUUGUCUAGCCUUGAUUUGCUUUUAUCAUUCUAUCAUUGACCUUGUUAACGUGUCCUCAUCUGUCUUUAUGUGCUUAGAUGCAAUAGAUACUUGUUAUGUAUUAUGUAUUAUCUGAUGUCUGUGAGAAUGCUACUAUCACCAGUCCAAACUUACCAUAAAAUCGAUUUUAAACAUUGUUGAA